CACCGACAGCAGGAACUGCGCCCAACGCGCCGCCCGCGCGUCACCAGCGCAGACCUCGCCGACACGCUCUGCUCGCCGAUAAGCGCUGACGGGCGAAGCAGGAGGGGAGAGAUAUGGAGGGACAGAAACUCUGACUUCCGAGGAAGCCACACGCAGGGGCGGAUGGACGCGAUAGCGCUCUCCUAACAGGUAUGCCUUCUUUUAGGUUUGGCUGCGAAAGAACGCGAGCGUCGCGAGAAGGAUGUGUCAUGUAUAAGCAAACCCAGCGGCAUCAUGCUCCCUCGAAGUAUGAAGACGUCUGGAGUAGAGCUGCCGGGAGUGGGCCCGAGAGAGGUGCCCCUCAUCGGAUACAGACCCCUACAGCCACAGGUGGACGGCCAGAAGGAUCAGCUGGGGAUGGAGAACGAAAACAGGGAGGAGGAUCACACGCAGGGGGAGCCGUCCCCGAUGAAGACCACAUGGUACUGUCCACUGGACCUGUCCACUGUGUCUGAAAUGGAGGAAGACGGUAUCAUCUACACUGUGGUGGUAAAACAAGGGCACAGUUCCCCCGCCCGCCCGCAGUCCUCAGCAUCCCGCUCUCAGCACGUCAAAGCAGGGACAGAGGAAAAGCUGGUCCUCCAUCUCCUUCAUUCCUUCUCCAUGGGCGACUCCUCCUUCAUCUCCAUCUUCCUCUCCACCUAUCGCUCCUUCACCUCCACCCAGAGAGUGCUGGACAUCCUGACAGACAGGUUGGGAAAUCCUCCUGGGGAGAGCAAUGGUAACACCCGUCAGAUGUUUAACAAGGCGGUGUGUACAGUGUUCAGCACAUGGAUGAGCGACUAUCCCGAGGACUUCCGCUCUCUGAACGACCCUUCCUGUCUGCUACGCUUGGCCCCCCUGCUUCCCACAGACACCUUGGGCGCAGAAAUCAAAGGCCGACUGCUGAGGAUCGCAGAGGAGCUGAGUGAGAAAACCCUGCUGUCCGGCUCACUAUCAGAUCCUACCAAAGGCAUGACAUUUCCUCCUGAUCCCUCUGAGUUUGAUGCCACCAGCAUCCUGGGCUUUCCAUCCAGUGUGAUCGCAGAGCAGCUGACCAGGAUCGAGACUGAUCUGUUUCUGAAGCUGGUGCCCUAUCACUGUCUGGGGUCUCUGUGGUCUCAGAGAGAUAAGAAGGGCCAGGAAGGAGCGUGCUGGUCGGUCAGAGCCACUAUCAAACAGUUUAAUCGCUUAGCAAACGCCGUCACAGCCUCGUGUUUGUGGAACACGGGUCUGAAGAGCCAACAGAGGGCCAGACUGCUGGAGAAGUGGAUCAGCGUCGCAGAGGCCUGCAGAAGCAGGAAGAACUUCUCCUCGCUGUACGCCAUCCUGUCAGCACUGCAGAGCAACCCCAUCCACAGACUGAGAAAGACCUGGCAGGAGACAGACAGAGAAGCUGUGAGGAGAUACGAGGAACUUUCUGACAUCUUCUCAGAGAAAGACAACUACUCCCAGAGCCGCGAGCUACUCAAAGAGGAGGGGACUUCCAAAUUUUCAAACGCUGACACUAAAAUCAACAACAGGAGAUUCACGGGGUCAUGUGCUCAGGGUACUGUGCCAUACCUGGGCAUCUUCCUCAGAGAUCUCACCAUGCUGGACACUGCUGUCAAAGACCGAUUAGAGAACGGCUUCAUCAACCUCGAUAAAAGACGACGGGAGUUUGAAGUCAUCGCUCAAAUUCGCCUCCUUCAGUCUUCAUGUAGAAACAGCAUUUUCAGAACGGACGAGACGUUCGUUCAGUGGUAUCACAGCGUACCUACUCUGCGUGAAGAGGAAAGCUAUAAGCUGUCCAAUCAGAUUGAAGCACCGGGCGAGCCGAGUCCUGGCCGAGGCCUGAAUCCUACAGUGAUCAUCACACAGUGCCCAGACGCUCUCUCAGCCGUGGCAAAUUCGACAAUGGAUGCUGAUGGCAUAUUUGACUUCCCGUCUCCUGUCAAUCACCUGCUCUCCAGGCUUUACAAGCAUGUGAAAUCUCCAUCCGUUUCCUGUCUGGAUGUUGAUUCGUCACCGCCGCCCAAUGAUGCCACGCCCUCCGUCCUGACCACGCCCACUACAGCUGUCAAAUCACAUCGGCGAUCCGUCUCCUGCGGCAACAACCCCACCAAUAAUAAGAAAGAGGCGGGGCCUGACAUAAGAAUCGUCAGGAUACGGAUGGAUCUACACGAUGGCAACUUAUACAGAAGCAUUCUGGUCACCAGUAAUGAUAAAACACCCACUGUAAUCAGUUCUGCAUUAGAGAAGCACAACCAGAAUGCUCAAGAAGCCUCCAAAUACGAGCUGAUCCAACUACUGCCGGAGGGGAAAGAGUUAUUAAUACCACCCACAGGAAACGUCUUCUAUGCCAUGUCUUCAGCUAGCGUCGACUUCCUGUUGAGGAGAAGAGGAGGAAAUACACCAACAGGGUCUCCGACUCUUGGCAACGAAACCAGCGCAACCUUUCCACGAAUCAAAGCCAAGGGCAGAAGACUAGUCCGGACUCUAUUUUAACACAAAAACAGGAUAUUCUCGUCCAAGUACUUUCAAAAGAAAAGACACAAAAUACUCCAUUCAGAGCUCUUUGGCGUAGAAUCGACUCAAAUAAGUCACGUUCAUGAAUUCUAAUAUUAGUAAUUUGAGUGAAAGCUUGGUUGAAAUGGCUCUAAGAUGUUAGCUACUGCUAAACGUUGCACUAUUUUUGCAUUUCAUAAACCCAAAAUUAAUUUCAAGACAAAAUCCCGUACCUUUCGCUGAUGCCAGCGUUUCCAGUACUUCCCCGUCUACCUCUAAAGCUUGCAGUCCAUUCGUUACAGAAUUUUCUGCAUUAUUAAUGAACAUCAAACGGAGAGAGAGCAGCUAAAAGAUCCCAGCAUAAUAAACACUUACCGAAGGU